AUGACUGAGGUCUAUUUUCGUCACCAUGGAAACCUCACUGGCAGGGCCCACUUUCCCACAGUGGCGCCAGAGGUCAACACCACAGCCGAUAAGUACUCCAACCUUUACAUGUAUGUCGGCUUGUUCCUGAGUCUACUGGCUAUUUUGCUCAUCCUGCUCUUUACUAUGCUUCUGCGUCUUAAACACGUCAUUUCUCCCAUCACCACCGAGAAUACCAGCAGCAGCCCCCAGUUCACCGAUGUUGAGAUGCACAGCCGGAUCCCCACCCCUUAA